UGAAGAAAAAAACGAGUAUUUUUUUUUUUACUUAAAGUCUCAAACGCUGCCUGAAGUGUUCACUCCCUGAAGGACCUUCCUUUCCAAACAUUCCCAGUCUUCAAUAUGGAUGUGACAACAAAAUGUAUUGCAGUUCUGGCUAUAAUUUUUGCAUUCAUUACAUUCAACUUAUGGAUUGUAGCUAUGAUUACACCAGGAUGGUUUAUUGCAAGAUGGGAAAAUAUUGACCCACAUAUAAUACAGAAGGUUUCAAAACCUUUAUGGAAAUGGAUCAACAACUUUGGUGACCCCUUUGAAAAAGGCAGUGUGAGUGUAGAUGUUGAAAUGAGCAUAUGGUAUUGCUCGGUGUGUUACAAGGACGCUUGCGAUCAAGUUUCUUGUCAGGAAUUUAUUGGAGAAGCAUUAUUAAGUAAAUAUGGAAUAACGCCAAAAAAGCUCUUUCCUUUCUUAAUUGAUAGUCAAGUAUGGGGGAUCAUGGCGACAUUUUUCUGCCUGUGUAGUUUGAAUCUUCUAGUGUUCAAUUAUGGAAGUGACUCCAGGGUUAGAGCUGGGGGAAUUACCAUGCUGAUGGCAGCUAUGUUUGAGAUGUUCCUAAUUUUGCGCAUGGCCAUGGACAACAUACCUGUUGCAGAACUUUUGAAAAUGAAAGUGAAGAUUCCUUACAGUGUCAUUUUUGCUGGAAUCGGUUUGUUUUUUAGCGUCCUUGUCAUUAUUCUGAGUAGAAAAAUGUAUUCAAAAUCACAUCAUAAUUUGAUCGGUUUCCCAUCAACAACAUCACCACGCUAUACCCAAUUAAAAGAAAGUGACUAAUUCAAUCUAUAACAUGCCAACAAGUACGCUUUGAACUGUGUAUAAUCAUGUUAAAUAUAACAUUUCAAAGAUCAUAACAUAAUGAAAAAAUUCUCAAACAAUGACAUUUUUUUUUAUCAGACUAUGUAAUUUUUUUUUUUACAAAUAAAGUUGUAGAAGACUUUUUCUUAAUUCUUCUUUUUUUAUAAUGUGAUACUAUAAACCAUAAACCUGUUUUGU